AUGGUCGGUCAACCACAUAUACCCAGAACCGAAUUCAACUUCACUGAUGUCACCAAACACGAUGAUUCGUUACUCGAUUCAAGUCCGAGUGGCAUAGGUAUGGUGCUAGGGCUUGCACUUUACGGAGGUGAUAGUAGUGGUCUUUGUCACGAAGAACGGCUCUCUAGGGGAGAUUUAAGUUCUGAGUGUCUGAUAUUCACGUGUCGCGGUGAAGAAAUGGGGACAUACGACAACAAGGCAGACAAGGGCAGCAAGAGCAAGAACGGUUUUGAACAUGGUGUGGCACCCCGCUCCGCACGGUCGCAUUCGGAUAGUCGGACAAGGACUGCGAUCAAGCUAGUACUCUCCGUGCGACCGCAUCAGGUCACCCUGCUCGUUCUAUCGUCCGACGCUCGGGCUCUUGUGCUUGGCCUCUUUUCCUUCCUCUAUUCUACUUGCCUUCGGAUGCUGACCUCUUCAUUUCUUGCCCUUGUUCUUGCUGCUCCAGCAUUCGCCGCAAUUGGGCCUGUCACAGACCUCACCCUCGUCAAUGCUCAAGUCGCCCCUGAUGGCUUCAACCGCUCGGCUGUCACCGCUGGCGGCACCAUACCCGGACCUAUCAUCAAAGCCAAUGUUGGCGACACCUUUCAACUGAAUGUAAUCGACUCCCUCACGGAUGCAACGAUGCUACUCAGUAGCUCCAUUCAUUGGCAUGGAUUCUUCCAAUUGAAUAGCUCGUGGGCUGACGGUCCUGCAUUUGUCACACAAUGUCCGAUUGCCCAGAACGACUCCUUCUUGUAUGAGUUUUCGACAGCGAAUCAGGCUGGAACAUAUUGGUAUCAUUCACAUCUAUCAACACAGUACUGCGAUGGCCUACGUGGGGUUAUGGUCGGUGGGUCAAAUAUAUCUGCUGCUUUCUCCGCAAAUCUCACGCCCGGCUUCCAUUCAGUCUAUGACCCCAACGACCCUCAUGCAAGUCUGUACGAUGUCGAUGAUGACACCACUGUUAUUACCCUCGCUGACUGGUACCACGCCCCCGCUCACACCCUUGCUCUUCCUCCCACUCUUGAUUCGACACUCAUUAAUGGCCUUGGGCGCUUUGCUGGUGGUCCGACAUCGCAACUCGCCGUCAUCUCCGUUACGCAAAACACGCGAUACCGUUUCCGUCUUGCGUCUCUUUCUUGCGACCCAAACUUUAUCUUCAGCAUCGACAACCACACAAUGACAAUAAUUGAGGUGGAUGGGGUCAACACACAGCCGUUGUCUGUUGACUCAAUUCAAAUAUAUGCUGGCCAACGAUACUCUUUUGUCCUCACUGCCAACCAGCCUGUUGACAAUUACUGGAUACGCACCGUAGCCAACAGUGGUACAACCGGCUUUGACAAUGGCAUCAACUCGGCCAUUCUGCGCUACUCUGGAGCAGCGACGGUCGACCCAGUGACACCACUAGUCAGCUCAACUACUCCCCUUGUGGAAACCGACCUCCACCCACUUAUCGCUACCCCCGUUCCAGGAGCCUCUGUCGUUGGCGGCGCCGAUGCCAACUUCAAUCUUGUUAUCGGUUUUAAUGGUGCCAACUUCACGGUCAAUGGAGCCCAGUUUGUUCCCCCGACAGCGCCAGUGUUACUUCAGAUCUUGAGUGGGGCUCAUACUGCCGCUGACUUGCUCCCUGUGGGCAGCGUUUUCACUCUUCCACCCAAUUCCGUCAUCGAAGUAUCCAUUCCUGGUGGGACUGUUGGCGCUCCGCAUCCUUUCCACUUGCAUGGUCACAACUUCUGGGUCGUCCGCAGCGCGGGGAACUCAACUUACAACUACAUAGACCCCGUUCUUAGAGAUACUGUGACGACCGGCUCCUCGACCAGGCAAGUCUUUUCGCAUACAGAUAACGCCGGGCCCUGGUUCCUCCAUUGCCACAUCGACUUUCAUCUUGAAGUCGGUCUUGCUAUUGUCUUCGCGGAAGAUACCGACACAAUCGCCAACUCUGUCCAGCCUGAUGCUUGGGGCACGCUUUGCCCGACUUACGAUGCGUUGUCAUCCAACCAGCUUGGUGGUCAAUAG